AUGAAACUGAUAAUCUUUUCUGGAGAUAUCCAUUUUCCUGGAAAGACAAAUAAGGCAUUCCGAUUGAUACCGCCAGGAGGGGGAAAACCAAAUUCCAAAGAAUACAAAAAAUUGAAAAAUUGGCUCUAUAUCCAACGAAUGAAACUUUCCAGGUAUGAAAAAAAGUAUUUUGUUUUGGUUCAACCUGUAGUCCCAUAUAAAAAAACGGAUGGUAUAAAUUUAGGAAGACUUUUCCCGCCGGAUCUCUUGCAGGAAAGUGAUAAUCUACAACUUCGAGUUGUCAAUUAUAUCCUUUAUUACGACCCAAUUCUUGAAAUUUGGGACACAAGUAUUCAAUUAGUUCGGACUUCUUUAGUGUUGAAUUGGGACCAAGACAAAAAAAUCGAAAAGGCCUGUGCUUCCUUUGUUGAAAUAAGGACAAAUGGUUUGCUUAGAUAUUUUCUAAGAAUCGACUUAGCUAAGUCACCUAUUUCUUAUACCGGAAAAAGGAACGAUCUGUCGGGUUCAGGAUUGAUCUCUGAGAAUGGAUCAGAUCGCGCUAAUGUCAAUCCAUUUUCUUCCAUUUAUUCCUAUUCCAAGUCAAGGAUUAAAGAAUCCCUUAAUCCAAAUCAAGGAACUAUCCAUACGUUGUUGAAUCGAAAUAAGGAAUCUCAAUCUUUGAUAAUUUUGUCAUCAUCCAAUUGUUUUCGAAUAGGCCCAUUCAACGAUGUAAAAUCUCCCAAUGUGAUAAAAGAAUCAAUCAAAAAGAACCCCCUAAUUCCAAUUAGGAAUUCGUUGGGCUCGUUAGGAACAGCUAAGCCUUAUUUGGCUACUCCAGGAGCAACUGUUCAUGGACAUUAUGGGGAAAUCCUUUACGAAGGCGAUACAUUAGUUACAUUUAUAUAUGAAAAAUCAAGAUCUGGUGAUAUAACGCAAGGUCUUCCAAAAGUGGAACAGGUGUUAGAAGUGCGUUCGAUUGAUUCAAUAUCGAUGAAUCUCGAAAAGAGGAUUGAGGGUUGGAACAAAUCUAUAACAAGAAUUCUUGGAAUUCCUUGGGCAUUCUUGAUUGGUGCUGAACUAACUAUAGUGCAAAGUCGUAUCUCUUUGGUUAAUAAGGUCCAAAAGGUUUAUCGCUCCCAGGGGGUGCAGAUACAUAAUAGGCAUAUAGAAAUUAUUGUACGUCAAAUAACAUCAAAAGUUUUGGUUUCAGAAGAUGAAAUGUCUAAUGUUUUUUCGCCCGGAGAACUAAUUGGAUUGUUGCGAGCGGAACGAAUGGGACGCGCUUUGGAAGAAGCGAUCUGUUACCAAGCCGUCUUAUUGGGAAUAACAAGAGCAUCUAUGAAUACUCAAAGUUUCAUAUCCGAAGCUAGUUUUCAAGAAACUGCUAGAGUUUUAGCAAAAGCAGCUCUCCUGGGCCGUAUCGAUUGGUUGAAAGGCCUGAAAGAAAACGUUGUUCUGGGGGGGAUGAUACCUGUUGGUAGCGGCUUCAAAACACCUUCAAGCGAACCUAACAACAUUCCUAACAACAUUGCCUUUGAACUCCAAAAAAAGAAUCUAUUAGAGGGGGAAAUGAAAGAUAUUUUGUUCUACCACAGAAAAUUAUUUGAUUCUUGCCUUUCAAAUAAUUUCCAUGAUACACAAGAACAAUCAUUUUUUUAG